AUGGCCUCUAAUAGGAAGGAUUGGUCCCUCAAAUUGGAUGAUGCUUUAUGGGCAUAUAGAACUGCAUUUAAGACUCCGAUAGGCUUAUUGUCGUUUCAAAUGGUUUAUGGCAUGUCUUGUCACUUACCUAUGGAGAUGGAACAUAAAGCUUAUUGGGCCUUAAAAUUUUUGAACUUUGAUGAAGCCGCAUCUAGAGAGCAAAGGAGGCUACAACUAUUGGAGUUGGAAGAAAUGAGAUUGACUGCAUAUGAAUCUUCAAGGCUGUAUAAAGAGAGGGUUAAAACUUACCAUGAUAAAAAGCUGCUAAAGAAGAAUUUUCAACCAGGACAACAGGUGCUACUAUUCAAUUCAAGGCUGAAAUUGCUCCCUGGGAAGCUUGUUAGUCAGUGA